AUGUACAGUUUCAUGGGAGGGGGUCUGUUCUGUGCUAUAGUGGGCAAUAUCCUGCUGGUGGUCUCCACUGCAACUGACUAUUGGAUGCAGUACAGGCUGUCUGGAAACUAUGCCCACCAGGGUCUGUGGAGGUACUGCAUGUCUAACAAGUGCUACAUGCAGACUGACAGCAUUGCUUACUGGAAUGCAACCAGGGCUUUCAUGAUCCUCUCAGGGAUGUCGUGCUUUGCAGGCAUCAUUGCAGGCAUCAUGUCCUUUUCUCACUUCUCCUCCUUUGAGAGGUUCAACCGCUCCUUUGCUGCAGGAAUCAUGUUUUUUGUCUCUACUUUCUUUGUUCUGCUGGGUAUGGCCAUCUACACUGGAGUGACCAUCAACUUCCUGGGAAAGCGCUUUGGUGACUGGCGCUUCUCCUGGUCAUACAUACUAGGCUGGGUGGCCAUGCUUAUGACCUUUUUUGCGGGUAUUUUCUACAUGUGCGCCUACAGGAUGUGUGAAUGCAGGAGAGGAAAUGGCCCACGCUAGAGGGCGACAAGUGUCGACUUUAAAUCGUCGAGCUACAACUCUACCGGAAACAGUCUGUGUCAGUUAAAGUUGGAGCAUUGAAGUUAAUUUGAUAAUCAGUGAUUAAUUUACGCAAAUAAACUAUCGAACUUUGUUACAAAAAGUAAGGUUUUCAACCUUCUAUAUUGCUGCAACUAGCAGAUUCAAUAAAGUUUUAAAACGUCGGAGUCAUUUUGUCUCUUCAAACAGCCGUACUGAAAUCUCAACACAAGAUAGCAGCACUGAACCAUAUCACAAAAAGUACGAGAACAAAGCCUUUAAAAGAUUGCAGGUAUUGGAAUAAACAUUUAACAUUGUUCUAAAGUCGUCUCGCUGGAGUACUUAGAUUACAGAUAACAGCGUUCCCUACAGGAAACGCGUCACAUAUGUUGUUCAGACUAAUAAUAAUAUAUUACAUUACAUAUCAUAUAUCCCAUUUCCGUUUCCCACAAGGCAUUUCACUUACUGACAACAAUACAUCAAAGCUCUGGAGGACAUACCUUUGUCGAGGGAUUCUCCCUAAAGCCAUGUGUUUUGGCCCUGCCUCAGAACAUUUGAGGAGGGUUCCCCCAAAUUCUCUGUGUUUUAAUGAGGUUGUUGCUUGUGUGAAAUUUCUACCUCAACUUCCUGGUUUUCCAAGUACACUAAAUUAUAGACAUUAUAUGUAACAGAUAGAUACAAAUAUGUAGUUUGCACAAUAAAGACAUAGUAAGAACAUGUUGACCAGUUGUGACAUAGAAAAUAAAGAUAUUAGACAGAGAGAUGAAUUACCUAGGAAAUAUUUCCCUUAAUAUUUAAUUUGCUUGAUUUAUGUAAUUUUCUCAAUGGGUUUCACAGGUAUUCAUUUCAUCCCCAACUUUUCUUCACAUCUCAGUUUUGCAUAAUUUAUGA